AUGAGGUAUGGUGUUCCGCAAGGGUCUUGUCUUGGUCCUUGUUUGUUUGUCAUCUAUGCAAGCAAACUGUUCACCAUCAUUGAAAACCAUCUACCUGAUGCCCAUGCAUUUGCAGAUGACUCGCAAUUAUACAUUUCAUUUAAACCUGGAUCCAUGGUUGAAGAGUCUGCUGCGAUUAAGGCAAUGCAAGAUUGCAUUAUGGACAUCAGGAAAUGGAUGCUGGCAAAUAAACUGAAACUGAACGAUGACAAAACAGAGUUUAUCAUCAUUGGAACAAAGCAACAGUUGGCAAAAGUUAGUGUAGAUUCACUGCGCAUUGGGAAUGAGAUGAUCAAAUCAUCUUGUGUGGUAAAGAAUCUUGGCUCCUGGUUCGAUACGCAGCUGAAAAUGGAUGUGCACAUCAAUAAAUCCUGCAGAGCAGCAUUUUUCCAUCUAUGUAAUAUUAGACGUAUGAGGAAGUUUCUCAGUUUUGAUACGACACAAAUUCUUGUUAACGCUUUCAUUACGAGUCGAUUGGACUACUGUAACAGCCUCCUGUAUGGUCUGCCCGCCAACCAGAUAUGCAAGCUUCAACGAGUACAGAACUCCGCAGCAAGAUUGAUCUGUGAUAUUAAUCGGUUUGAUCACAUCACCCCUGUGCUGUAUAAAUUACAUUGGCUUCCUGUUAGAUACAGAAUUAACUUUAAAAUAUUACUCAUCACUUAUAAGGCCAUUAACGGAUUUGCUCCUGAAUACAUCUCUGAACUCAUUAAAUUGAAGGUUGCAACCAGAUAUAAUUUACGAUCAUCAACUGCAUUGUUGCUUGAUAUACCGAGAUCAAAAACAUUAAGGACGCUGGGAGACCGAUCGUUUGAAGUAGCAGCACCUACGUUGUGGAACAGCCUCCCGGGUGAAAUUCGUAAUGCAUGUAAUAUUUCUACGUUUAAGAAAAUGCUUAAAACGCAUUUUUUUAUAAAAGCAUUUUCCUCCAUGUUAUGA